AUGGAUGCACUUCUCCAGAAGUUUAAUGAAAAGCGCCCAGAUGACCCCAAGGCUCAAAAGAGGAUCUCAGUAGAAGAGAGGGAAGAAGAUGUAAAUCCAUUCGCAUUGCCAACAGGUUCCAGAAACUACAAUGCUCAAUACUAUCACAUGUAUGAGCACAGAUUGAGGACGAUGAAGAAUCGCGUUAGGAAAGAGUGUAUAGAGAGAUGGAAUGAUGAUUUUAAACUUAAUGGAGAACCUGUUGUAAUGAAGCAGAAAGUAUUGGAUAUUCAGGCUGGUCAACCAUGCUGGGCCAUUGGUAGCAUUUACUGUGAAAUGAAAUAUAAACCAAAUAUCUUGGAAGAGGUGAUCAAUGACACCUAUGGGGCUCCAGACCUUACCAAGAGUUAUACGGAUGUAGAAGGUACUGAUGAAGUAAUGCUUGAAGAUGAAAGCGGUAGAGUUCUUCUUGUGGGUGACUACAUCAGUAAGACUCCGUUUGUCACAGGGACAGUGAUCGGAGUGCUGGGGAUGGAAGCUGAAGCUGGUACCUUUCAAGUUUUAGAUAUUUGUUAUCCCACGCCAUUGCCUCAGUCACCUCUACCAAAACAUGAUAAACAUGAUAAUAGGAAAAUUGCAUUGAUAUCAGGCCUUAAUUUAAAUUCAACCUCUCCAGGUCGUCUCUUGAAACUACAACUUCUGCAAGAAUUUCUACUGGGUAGAAUAUGCAAUGAUGAUGAAAUAAUAAAUAUUGGCAAAUUGGUUAUUUUAGGAGAUUCAGUGGAUGCUAAAGUUGACGAAAAAGGCCCUGGUGAUAUGAUAAAUUGUUUGGAAGAACUGGGUAAAUUUUUAAGCAAUAUUUUGCAAUCAAUACCCAUUGAUCUCAUGCCCGGUAUGAAAGAUCCUACAGAUAAAUCGUUACCUCAACAACCAUUGCAUAAAGCCCUGUUUAGAGAUUCUUUGAGACCACUUUUUGAAGAAGUCAACAAACAACUUUUCAACGUGGUUACCAAUCCUUACUGUUUCACUUUUGAAGGGCUUAAAUUAUUAGCGAUAGCAGGACAAAACAUCAAUGAUAUUUGUAAGUACAUUAUUCCUUAUCAAGAGGAUGGAAAGUCUGAAGACUCUCAAUUGGAGGACACCGUUGAUCAUCGGUUAGACUUAAUGGAAUGUACUAUGAAAUGGCAAAACUUAGCGCCUACUGCACCUGACACUCUUUGGACUUAUCCUUACAAGGAUGAUGAUCCCUUUUUACUCGCUGAAUGGCCACACAUAUAUGCUGUGGGGAACCAACCAGAUUUUGGUACAAGAGAAUUAGAUCUUAAGGGAAGAAGAAUAAAAAUGAUAUCUGUACCGGAAUUCAGUAGUACAGGAAAAAUUGUGUUAUUAGACAUUAAAACGUUAGAAACAGAAAUCGUGAACAUCGAAUUAUAA